ACGGUCGCGCGGCAGAUCGCGGCCCACUGGCAGGGCGCAGAAGGGGAUUAGAUACACGCCCGGGAACGAGCAGGGCGAAGCAAGGAGGGGCGCGCCCACUAUCUUUUGCUGGCCUAUCUCGAACCUGCCUGCACCUCGGUGCAAGGACCUCGGCAAGAUUCCUGGCUGUGGCCCAUGGGCCUCUGAAGAGGCGUUGUAAGUCCGCCCAGCUUCCCACUUGCUGUGUUCCCACUCAAUGGGAAGGGAACCAAGGCCUUGUCAAGCCAUCAGCCACGGCAUCCUGACAACACCAGGAUGGAAGUCAAAGGUCAGCUGAUCAGCUCUCCUACCUUCAAUACCCCAGCUGCCCUGUUUGGAGAGGCUGCUCCCCAGGUGAAAUCAGAGCGUCUGCGGGGGCUGCUUGAUCGUCAGCGGGCCCUGCAAGAGGCACUAAACCUGAAACUUCAGGAGCUCCGGAAAGUGUGUCUCCAGGAAGCGGAGCUGACUGGCCAACUGCCCCCUGAGUGCCCACUGGAACCUGGUGAACGACCUCAGUUGGUACGUCGGCGGCCCCCUGCAGCACGAGCUUACCCUCCACCACAUCCCAGCCUGGCACACCACUCCUUGUGCCCUGCUGAGGAGCUGGCUCUUGAGGCUCUGGAGCGUGAGGUGUCCGUACAACAGCAGAUCGCUGCUGCUGCCCGCCGCCUGGCCCUCGCCCCUGAACUGAGUGCUGAGCAGAGGCGGCGACGACGCCAGGUACAGGCAGAUGCACUUCGGAGGCUGCAUGAACUGGAGGAACAGCUUGGGGACCUCCGGGUUCGCCUUGGCCUCCCACUGCUCCCUCCCCAGCCACUGCCAAUGUCCACUGGAGCACUCAUCACGGCUCAGGGAGUCUGCCUGGGUACGCGCCUUGCUCAGCUCAGCCAAGAAGAUGUCCUUCUGCACUCAGAGAGCAGCUCCCUCUCAGAAUCUGGGGCCAGCCAUGAUAACGAGGAGCCUCGUGGCUGCUUCUCUCUGUCUGAGCGCCCCUCACCACCAAAGGCUUGGGACCAGCUUCGGGCAGUGUCUGGGGGGAGUCCUGAGCGACGAGCCCCAUGGAAACCACCCCCAUCAGAUAUUUAUGGAGAUCUGAAGAGUCGUCGCAACUCUGUGGCCAGCCCCACCAGCCCCACACGCUCGCUGCCCAGGAGUGCCUCCAGUUUUGAGGGGCGAAGUGUGCCUGCCACCCCUGUCCUCACCCGGGGCACUGGCCCCCAGCUCUGCAAACCCGAAGGUCUCCAUUCUCGCCAGUGGUCAGGCAGUCAAGAUUCACAGAUGGGCUUUCCUCGGGCCGACCCUGCCUCAGAUCGCGCCACCGUCUUCGCAGCUCGCACCCGUCGCAGUAACAGCUCAGAGGCCUUGCUGGUGGACCGGGCAACAGCGGGGGGAGCUGGCUCUCCGCCUGCCCCUCUGGCUCCCCCUACUGCUGGCCCACCGGUCUGCAAGAGCAGUGAGGUGCUGUAUGAGCGCCCCCAACCAACCCCUGCCUUUUCUUCCCGCACAGCUGGCCCCCCAGACCCUCCCCGGGCUGCCAGGCCUAGCUCAGCUGCCCCUGCCUCCCGCGGGGUCCCCCGGCUCCCACCUGUAUGUGGGGACUUCCUUUUGGACUAUUCCUUGGACCGGGGCCUGCCCCGCGGUGGCAGCGGGGCAGGCUGGGGGGAGCUGCUAACUGCAGCCGAGGUCCCAGGACCCCUCUCCCGCCGAGACGGGCUCCUUGCCAUGCUCCCCGGCCCACCACCCAUGUAUGCACCUGACGGCAGCAGCCCCCUCCUCCGCAGCAAGGACCCCCACACCCGUGUCACCCGUACCAAGCCCUGUGGCCUGCCCUCAGAAGCUGCCGAGGGCCCAGAGGUGCAUCCAAACCCUCUGCUGUGGAUGCCCCCACCCACUCGGAUCCCCCCGGCUGGUGAGCGCAGCGGCCACAAGAACCUGGCCCUGGAGGGGCUGCGGGACUGGUACAUCCGGAACUCGGGACUGGCCGUGGGGCCUCAGCGCAGGCCUGUGCUUCCACACGUGGGCCUGCCACACCCACCUUUCCUCCAUGCCCGCUGCUAUGAGGUGGGCCAGGCACUGUAUGGGGCCCCCAGCCAGGCGCCCCUCCCCCACUCGAGGAGUUUCACGGCGCCCCCUGUCUCCGGCAGGUAUGGGGGUGCUUUUUAUUGAUGGGUAGGGGUUCCUUGAGGCAGAUGGCAAAGCUAUCUAGAUUAGGGAGUAGCUAGUCAUGGUGAUGACUGGGACCACAAGGAAACUAGCUGCAGUCUUGGUACAGAAGCACUGUACCAGGCAUGACCUGAAUUAGUCCUUGGGAUCCCAAUGGAGGGGGAUCUUGGGUACUGGUAGCAGUUCUUUCUUAAGCUAUAGAAGGAUUCUGAAUAUUUUAACCGGUGCAUGGUAAUGAGCCUUGCGGCCAGGGUGCUGGGAGGAAGGGACAUAGGUGCCCCUUGCUUUUUCUCUUCUUUACUCCAUGCCCCAUGCUUGAGAGCCUGAAGGUGCUAUGGUGUGCCGUGCCUACCUCCACCUCUUUAACGAGCCUCUUCCUUUCUCUUUCUGUGUCUUGUCUGUCUUUUCUACUCUCUUCUCCGUCUUCCUCACCUGUCCUCCGGAUUCCUGCUGUCCCUUCUAAAGAUACUACACGGACUUCCUGUACCCCUCGGAGCUGAGCGCUCGUUUAAGUGACCUGACGCUAGAGGGGGAGCAGUCUUCCAGUUCUGACCCCCAGACCCCAGGGACAUUGGUCUGACCCUCUCCUGAUAUGCCCCUUGUUGGCCUGGGCAAGACUACAGGCUGGGGAGCAUACAGCCAACCUCGCUGAGCCCUAGGAUGUGGUUGCUCUCAGUCCUGGGGAUCAUCCACCUGAUCUUCCAUGGCCCCUGGCUCCCCAUGGGACUAGGAAGGUGUCUGAUAAACCUGUUUCUCCCUUUACACUGUUCUGGGGACUGGAGGGGCCUCAGCUAGCUUCAAAGAGGGGAGAUGAUAUGGGGACUCUAAGCCCCUUUUUCCAUUUCUGUUUACAGUUGUGAUUUAGUAUUCACUGUCUUCACCCAACACUAGGCGUUUUAUAAAAAAGGGAAACUGUGAGUUUGUCAUGGUUGGGUUCACUUCUCUCCCCAUGCCCAGGCUUCCUUUUAGGAACCCCACCUUCAACAAAAGGGACCAUAUAGGGUCUCAGGGCCCUGUUUAGGGUAGCCAAGAGACUCUGGUGUGACUAGAACUCCCUGUUAUCCCCUACCAGGGCAGUUCUUGUGCAGGUGGGCUCUCUGCCCAUAUGUAGAAUGAUAGAAUCUGGAUGGGGAAUGUCUGAAGGAGCCCCUGUUCCUGUCUGUAGCCAUAGCUUCUGUGCUGAUCAUCUGCAAUCAGGAGACACCUCCCCCCCCCCCCCACACACAGGAGGUUGGCAGAAGGAUAGAGCCAUUGACUAUGUUGCAUCCUGGGAUGCUGUGGUGGUUUAACCUGGCAACUGGUAGAUGCCAAUAAAAUCCUCAGACGACAUGUGGCCAUGGGCCACAGGUCACACCACAUCUUCCUUGGCUUUCCUUCCAUUUACUACUUUUUAAACAAAUUCACAUAAGGUGUGUUUUCUAUGAUACCUGUCUAUGAGUUUCUGGAGCUGGGGUGGGGGGGGAUUUCCCCUACCCCCUUUACCUGAUGUUAACUUUUCUUUUUGUACCAAUGGAUCUGGGCCCAAGAUACUACCCACACUGGAAGGGGAUUUCUAUAAUAAAUGUGUAAACUGAA